CUCCAGCGAAUGAACAUGUCGUAGUCCUGAGUCCUCAUAGACCAUGGUGGGAAAGUUACCAACCAGUUAGCUAUAAGUUAACCAGUAGAAGAGGUAACGAAACAGAAUUCAUCAAUAUGGUUCAACGAUGUAAUGCUGUUGGCAUCCGAAUAUAUGUCGAUGUUCAGAUGAACCACAUGGCAGCUGGGGAUCGUCAUGGGAAUGGUUCAGCUGGUUCCUAUUUUGACGCUACAAGACUCUCAUUUCCGGCAGUUCCUUAUUCCAGAGUGCAUUUCACGCCGAGAUAUCUGUGUCCCUCUAAUAAUGGUGAUGUCAACGAUUAUACAGAUGCCAGGAAUAUUAGAAACUGCAACCUCGUGGCUUUAACAGAUUUAUACCUUUCAUUGUCUUACGUGAGACAAAAACUGAUUGACUUCUUGAAUAAACUAAUUCGGAUUGGGGUGGUUGGAUUUCGAUUGGAUGCGGCAAAACACAUGUGGCCCAGUGACAUCAAAGCUAUCCAAAAUGGCGUAGCGGAUCUACCCUCUGGUAGCAGACCUUUCUUCGUCUCCGAAGUUAUUGACAAUGGCGGAGAGGCCAUUUCUGCACAAGAAUACACCGAAUCUGGCUACGUCACCGAAUUUAGAUACGGUAAACAAAUAAACAAUGCUGUGAGAAGUUUCGAUAAUUUUCGGUCGCUGAUUGACCCUGCGCUCAAUAUGUUAGAUUCCAAAAAUGCUUUAGUGUUUGUCGAUAAUCAUGACAACCAAAGAAAUGAGGGUGCCGGAAGCUCUAUCCUGACAUACAAACAACCAAACAUGUAUAAAAUGGCUGUAACCUUUACGUUGGCCUACGAAUAUGGCUUCGUGCGAGUAAUUAGCAGUUACAAUUUCAGUAAUUUUGACGAUGGUCCGCCACACAAUGAAGAUAAUACAAUUAAGAAUGUUGAAAGAUCAGUAGAUGGUUCCUGCACCAAUGGAUGGAUUUGUGAACACCGAUGGCCACAAAUUGCAAAUAUGGUUAAAUUCAGAAACAAAAUGGCCGGAUUGAGCGUUCAAAAUUACAUAGUAUCUUCAGAGAGUGUAUCAUUUUCCCGAGGUCAGAAGGGUUUCUUUGUCAUGACAAAGUCAGGAAUUCUGGAUAAAUGG